AUGAAAGACGAAAUUCAUAAGGAACUUACUAACUACUUUUCAAUUAUUUUAGAGGAACUUCUUCUUAAGAAAAGUCAAGAAAUCAAUGUGAUUGAUGAUAUAAUAAAUCAUCAGAGUCAAACAGGAUAUAUGAAAAAAUGUUCUUUUUGUCAAAUCUCCGAUAUCAAUAACAAGAAGUGGGUUUGUCCUAAGUGUCAUAAUAAAUUACCUACAAUUAGUAAGAUUAAUCAACAAGUUAAUGAGUCAUCUAAUAUUAAAAAUACUAAUAAAAAGUCUCUAGUCACCUAUUCUAAUAGGUUUAAAGAAUUAGAUAUGCAAGAAUCAGUUCCUGAGGUUCUUGAGCAUGUUGAAGAAAUAUCUGGAAUUAAGUACAAUAGGCCUCAAUCAGUAGAGCGUGAGACUCUUAGGAUUCUAGUAAUCUCAAGGUU